AUGGCUCGUCGUGGAAAGCGUAGUCCGAACGCUGGAGGUCAAGCAGGCGUUGCGAUCAGCCCUCCACCUGCUCAGGGGUCUGAUUCCGUCACGUCGAGCGCCAGUAACGCGCCCUCUCAGAGUACGUCCGAAGCCUCUGGUACAGAUGGAAACGCCUAUUUCGUUGAGUUCGAUGGUUUCCAACCUGACCCCGAGGCCGACUUCGUCAAAGAAUUCCACCGCUUAGCCAUCCACGAGCACUGGUCCAAGAAGGAAAAGAAGAUACGCCGCGUGGAAGCCGAGUUUGCUCUGCAUUACGGUACGGACGUGAGCAAACUCGAAAAAUGGCAAGACUUGUGUCGUGAUCUCAAGAUUAAACAUGUUCCGGGGUCAAUCACAAAGUGCAAGAAGGCCAUCAAGUCUGUUCACGUCAACAUAUUCGACUUUAUCGAACAUCGCUGCGACCCUCAACGCUUCAACCUCGACACCCACAAGAGCUUCAAGAACUUUCGCGAGGACAUGGUUGCAGGGAAGAUAUUUCCGCUGAAACGGGCGAAGGAGGGUACUUUCAUCAAGGCCCUUCUUCGACCGGUAAUGCGCACCACCACCAUCCUCGCCGCUGGCCUCGCCAGCCUCAGCCUGACCGUCUCCGCCGCGCCCCUCAGCGCCGCCGAAACACUCACCGUCCUCUCGACGGCGUCAUCAACGACCAGCGCGCCCGGCAUCGCGCCCACGUUCAUCGACGGCAAGUGGUGCGAGAACCCCAUGCCGAACAAGGACGGCAUCGUGUGCGUCGUGCCGUACCAGCUGUCCGAUACGGUUCGGCAGUGCUUUUGGUGCUGGUUGGAUUGUAGGAUUUGCCCCAAGAAGCCGAGAGGGGGUGGUUGAGGGGGGAUCUCGGAGUUGUUUUCGGGGGCGGGUGGUUGGUUGGUUCGCGGGUUUGGGGUCCGGUUCGAGGGGGGGAGGGGAGAAGUUUGGGUCUGGAUGUGAUUUUUUUUCAACUUUUUUUUUCAUUAGUGCGCUUUUUUAUAUAAGCGUUAGGGGUGUUUUAUGCAUU